ACAAAGAAGUCCAAGAACCAUUUCCACGUCAGCUUUUUUUUAAAUUGUUAUUUAUACGUUCAAUAACACAUACUUAAACCAUGUAGUCUGUAAUUCAAGUUGGAGACAAGACUUGGUUGAUAUAUGUUAUCUAGGUAAAACUAGCUAGCUGCUAACAAUGGCUGACUGUGUGGGUUUUCACACUCAAAUAGCCUCCAUUAUGGAGGUGCUAGCGAAUACAGCUGUAGCUGAGAUCUGUAAACUCGUAGACGACGACUAUGCAGUGUUUCGUUUAGAAGUAACUCAAAGCCAGAAAGAAAACAGGGUAUUGCGGAGGAAACUACAGCUACUGGAACUGAAGGUGUCACGGGAGCGCGCAGAGAGGACAAUGCGAGAUCGCGUCCUCACCAGUCGUCCCAGUAGUGUCAAGAUCGUCGACAGAUACAGAGUAAUGGCAAGAGGUGAAGGACAUCUCACUGAAGGCCACAGGAGCUUUGUGAAGCCAGCAGGACACAAUACAUGGAGAGAUGACCAACCAAUCACUGUUGAUGAGGGGAGUGGAACCUCAACCCAGCACGUUAUCGUGAUAGAAUCUGCAGAUGGAGAAGCUGCAGGUCCUGGGGUCAAACAGGAGAAGUCUGAAGGAGAGGUGGACCCACGGCACAGCAGAGACAUCCAGACUGGAGUGGCAGGAGAGCCCUCUGUAGCCACGGAGGUCACCGCCCCAGCACCUCCCAGGACCCAACGCAGCAUCACGGAGGAGGAGGAGGGUCCAGAGGUGCUGCUGGUGAAGGAGGAGGGGUGUGAGGAGGGUCUGGGGAACCCUGAGGGGACCAUGGUCGUAGAGGACAACCAGACUACACCUCCUGAACCCACAGAGCAACCAGCUGAGCAGCACAGGACCACACACAGUCUCACUGAGUCAGUAGACAUGGAGGAUGGGAAGCCUGGUCUGCUGCUAGUCAAAAAGGAGACCAUACAAGACAGACCAGAGAGCAUUGAUCUGCUUAGUGGACUAAAGAUGGCGGCGCCACGUGGUUGGCUGGAGGCUAACAGAGGAGACUGGGCGGCCAUCUUUGAUUCCCAUACCCAGACGGGUGCAGCCAAGGGCCUGGGGGAGGAUAUCACUGAGCAGGCCAGGAUUAUUGGUGACAUAGUGGAGGUUAGUGGAUGGGACAGCGUCUUCAACUCUGGGCUGGGGAACAACACUGUUAACCACAACCAGAAACAGACAGUCGAACACAGAACAAUGACCGAACAAAGUCUCCAUGACAACAGACUGGCAGAGACCAGGGCAAGGCGUAGAUUUGAUCUACAUGGACGGGGAGGUGUCCAUAUGCAGCGGGAGAGAACAGACACAGAUUUGGCUAGCUAUGCUCCGUCCUGCUCCUAUAGUUGUGAUUCAGAGAGACUGAUGGUGCCUCAGGUUAACCCCCUAACAGUUGCUGCCUUCAGCCUGCCUUCUAUAGGAUCUAUCAACUGGAACAUGGACCCUGCAACAACACAGACACUGCCUGACCUUCGUCCUCCUCUCCUUAUGUUAAACCAGACUUCAGACAAUGUCAGUCCCUCAACAAUAAAUGGCUAUACAAUCCCAUUAACAAAUGACAAUAGUAACACUAUCAGCAGAUCUAAUGGCAAAGAUAAGCGCUUCUCUUGUUCAUUCUGUGGGAAAGCCUUCAGUUUCCCCAAACAGGUGGAGAUCCAUAAGAGGAUGCACACAGGAGAGAAACCAUUUGGCUGUACCCAUUGUCAGAUGCGCUUUGCUGAAGCUUGUCACCUGAAGAGGCACCAGAGGGUCCACACAGGGGAGAAACCUUUCAGCUGCCACCUGUGCCGGGUCAGUUUCUCCCACUCGUCCAGCUUGAAGAGGCACCAGAGGGUCCACACAGGGGAGAAACCAAAUAGCUGCCCCCAGUGUGACAAAAGGUUCUCCCACCAGCACCAUCUGAAGAUGCACUUGAAGGUCCACACGGGAGAGGGGCCAAUCACCUGUACGCAAUGAGUUUCUCAGAGAGGAGCUAUCUCAGGAAAGACCAGCAGAAAAUGCACAUGGCCCAUGUAUAGUAUAACAUGUUAUGUAGUACUAGAUAGUUUGUUUGUAGUUAAUUCUGUUGGUUAUGGAUGUAGUAGGGAACUGGAUGAGAUGAACUGAGGAAAGAAUCAGUAUGAUGAGGCAUGGUUGGUGUGAUGGCGUCUGUAAAAAUGCUUCUCUGAUGAAAAGUGACAACCUUGUCCUGUUAUAAUGCGGAUGUUUACUUGACAUGAAGAUGAUUAAUGUAAUGUUGAACCUUUUCCGAAGUAUGCUUUCAAAGCGAGAGUACCAAAUGUACAGGAAGGCAGAGGCUACGAAUAUGGAGUUUUCAUCCCCGCUUAACCCCUCUGGAAAGGUCUUUCUCAUAUCUGAGGAUCCAAAUUACAUUCUGCGCAUGUGUUAUUUACUCAUGUUCACAUUUCUCUAUUUAGUCACCCUCUUCUGGACCCAAAACCAAUUUGAGCGAUAUGAUAAUCUAGCCGGUCUUUGCCUCAUAUGUCUGAACAGCUGCGAUUUGAAUGAACUUUCCAAUUAUAUGUUUCAAAUUUAUUUAUAUAGCCCUUCGUACAUCAGCUGAUAUCUCAAAGUGCUGUACAGAAACCCAGCCUAAAACCCCAAACAGCAAGCAAUGCAGGUGUAGAAGCACGGUGGCUAGGAAAAACUCCCUAGAAAGGCCAAAACCUAGGAAGAAACCUAGAGAGGAACCAGGCUAUGUGGGGUGGCCAGUCCUCUUCUGGCUGUGCCGGGUGGAGAUUAUAACAGAACAUGGCCAAGAUGUUCAUAAAUGACCAGCAUGGUCGAAUAAUAAUAAGGCAGAACAGUUGAAACUGGAGCAGCAGCACGGCCAGGUGGACUGGGGACAGCAAGGAGUCAUCAUGUCAGGUGGUUCUGGGGCAUGGUCCUAGGGCUCAGGUCCUCAGAGAGAGAGAAAGAGAGAAUUAGAGAACGCACACUUAGAUUCACACAGGACACCGAAUAGGACAGGAGAAGUACAAGGUCCGAUAGGAAUUCAGGGAACUCAAUGAGGAAUGCUGUAUAUGGCCCAGGAGGCCUGUAAACAGUAGCUAUAAAAAGUGAUUGAGUAGGCUGCAUAGAUUUGAAGGCUACAUCUUUCUCUGUCCGGUGUAUUGGAUAUUGCUGUAGCAAUAGUCUCAGACAAGACAGUCUACACAUUGCAUUGGGACAAAACAAUUUGCGUUUGAUGUGAUGCUAUAAUCUUUAUAGUCAUGCUGCCAUAUAACCAGGAGUCUGCCUCCUGUUUAGCCAUUGUUUGUAAUGAUGAUGAAAGAAGAACAUUGCUAGAUGACUGUUAAAGACAAAUAACUGAUUGUUCUAACUGUUUUGUGUACAAGCGGCAGUGGAGUCACAGAAUGACUCAGCACUGAGCAGCAACUGAAAGAAGGCUAGUAGAUCCCCGCAUGCGCAGAAAUCUCUGUAUUUUUAGCAACAGCAAGUUGGGUUCCAGAAAAUCUGGAAACGCAGCCACUUGGUUACUGAAAAAGUAAAGUGUUAUCAUAUUGAGAAAAGUUAUUCAACUCUUCAUGUAUUGUUUUGUGCAGUAAAAGUACUGUACUUCACGCUAUGCAUGUGUAUGACCAUUUUGUUGAAAUUAAAUACAACAUUUACUCUGUG